AACACUCUGAUUAGAAAGACUUCAGGCUAACAAGGAAUACAAUGUAAAAUAAAAUAAUUUAAUGGCCGAUAUCUAUUCCAACCUGCGUUGGCUUACAACGCUUGUCAUCGCUGCAUUGGUUGUACCCUUGGUGUGGAGUGACAGUACACAAAGCGUACGCGGAAUCGGCAACUCUACACAAACACUGUCUCCAAGUGCUGGUUCUCCGCAGAGUGAUCCAACGCAAGCGGAUUCAAAUGGCACGGCGUCAUCAUUAAUUUCUUCCAUCGUGACCUUAACAGGUGGUCUUCGUGGCAACGGCUCAGAUGCUGAAACUGUAAAUACUACGCUGCCGCCAAAAGCUGGAAGACUGCUGCCGAUUGAUCCUGUGCUGAAUGUGUCUAUCCACGAGCAGCCUUGGUAUAACCAUACAAUAUUGUUUGACGAGACUCUCAUUGAAUCGUAAGUAUUUUACAAUCCUUCAUAUUAUUAACUUCCCUUUCCUUUGUGGGCUAUCUGGUUGGCAACAAUCUUCGGUCGGCUAAUUAACCCACUUUCCGUAAAGCUAUCGACCUGAAACUCGAGCACGUAGACUCAACGCUGAAGACAACACAUUCUUUCAAACUUUCAGCCCCAAGCCCAAACACCAAUCCCCCAAAACCUAUUUUUCAUGUUUUUUUUUUCAAAAGGGGGAGAUUAAAAUUAAAAUCCCGAUAACUGUGCUAAAAAUGACUUUUUAAAAAAAAAAAAAUAAUAUCUCAAGUACAUUAAUUUGGUGCGUAAUGUUUUCUUUUCUGAAAUGUUUGGGGGAAAUCAAACGGCGGUGUAAAAGCAACAUUAUUAUAGUUCAGGGACGUGAAACAAAAUGUUUGUUUGCGAGCCUUAGUUGGGGGGGGGGGGGGCACUAAAUGGAAUUCUUAAUAAAGGUGUUUAAAUUUUGAGUCCCAUGCUCUCUUUGCUAGAUAUUAGAUUUUAUUAAGGAUUUUUAAGAAAAAUCAUUUUAAAGGGGUUGUUUAAUUAAAAUUUCAGUCAUGUUCUAUAUCACUGCCCCAGCAUUAAACAGAAACUCGCUACCCUCACCUUAGAAAGCGACAAGGCCAUGACAGGCAGUUUCGGCUCAUAAAAACAAGAACUUACUUCAGGAACUGCUUAUUCAUGCCAAAGACAAUAAGGGAGUGCAACAAGCUUACAAAAGAACAGUUGAGGCGACAACAAUUGACACAUUUGUGUUAAUUGCCUCCUGUCAAUCCCCCGUUCAUAAUACCAUCGCUGAGUAGCCCUUGUAACCAGUGAAGUAUCCCCUUGAAAACCAUCCCCAGUUGCAUCGCGAACCCCUCUGAAACAUACGAGCAAGAAUGAUCAAUUCAUUGAUCGUGGGCCCUCAAAAUAUAGAAUUUGAGAUCGGUCAAAACAAUUUUAUUCUAGUUAAGGAUAGUAUGUAGGCGGACUGCAGUCGAGCCGCGUGAAGUAACUCAAUAGUGGAGCAAGACAUGUUCAGCUCUCUCAGUCUCCGUGAGUUUGGGAACACGAGCCCUUGUCACGAAAACUAGCAUUUUAGUCGGGCUGUGUCUCUAAGGCAGAGUCUGACGGAAGAACUACAUUGUGAAUUGAGAAACUUUGUAUUUUUUUAUAUUUUUGUAUUUUUUUUGUUUUUUUUUGUUUUCUGAAGGUGGCAGUUAGACUAAACAUUAAUUUCAUUGUCUGUCUUUUUUUUUUUAGCCUAAACAUUGUCCUUGUAAUCACGAAGCUGAAUAAUAGCGACCCGAUACAAUACAUAAUUAUUUAUUUCUCCUAUUUCCUAAUUAUAACUUUAAAACAAUGCCAUUAGGUGAUGAAUCUCUUCCUUAAGUACGAAGUAUAUUUUUCUCUUCUAAAUUUUGAAAGUACUUGUCUAGUUUAUAAUCUAUUAUUUUAGUCAACGAAUCUAAAAUAAUUUGAUUACUAUUGGAACGAAUUUUUUUUUUUUAAUAAAGGAAAAAAAAAAGAGUUAAACAGAAAUGGUGUAAAACGCAGCGUGGAGACGAGGAGAUGACGUCAAGGAUCUUGAAUUUUUUAUCCUUUUGGAAUAGGCGAAAUUUUAGUAACCUAAUUGACAUUUUGCGUAGGUGAAUUAUUAUUAUUAUUUUAUUUUUAUUUAUUUUUUUUGGGGGGGGAGGGCAAUGUCUAUGACUGGACAAUUAUUUUGAUUCAUUGCAAAAAGCCAAAUAUUGGGUUUGAUCCAUUUGGAAACGAUGCUUGUUUUUUUCCAAUCAAUUUUAAAUUUAUGUAUCUCCCUCCUAACGCACACACACACACACACACACACACACACACACACCACACCCACCCACCCACACACAUAAAUUAUGCAUGCACUAAAUAUAGCCCUAUUUUAAAAAUGUCCAAUUUAAUUAAUUCGCAUUGAUCUAACUAAAGAAAAUAAAAUAUUUCCUUUUUUUUAUGGAGUGGAAGCGUUUUGGUUCCAAAUAAUAUUUAUUUUUUUUAUGUUACACAUAACGAAUUAAUUACUGGUUAAAAUCCCUAAGCCUAAAGUCGUUAUCAUAUUUUGUAACAUAUAUUUUGGGCCUCGUUAAAAAUAAUUCUUCAUAUAGUCUAAACAUAUCUCGGUUUCAAGUCAUGGCUAUAUAUAAUUAUUAUUUAAAGAGGCCCUUGAAAGAGGUCAAGGUUGAAAUUGUGAUAACACUUGAGAUACACAAAUGAGUAAGUCUAUAGGGUGCUAAUUCAUUUUUUAAAAUACUUCUUUUCAGUCACGAUGACACUUAGGUGUGAUUACAUCACAGGAUUAGCAAACAAAAUUUAAAAAUAAUGAGCUUUUAGCUAAAUUUAAAAAAAAUAAUAUGCUAAGCAUUUGGUUGGUCAAAGUAUGGUGAACACGUUUCAUAAAAUGCUUGCUACACCGCGUAGUUGAGGAAAGUGAGUUAUUCUCUCAGUUUUUUUCACAUCUACUUAAUGUGUACAUUAGGGAAAGGCGACAGCGAGCCAUCCACCUUAAAUAUCUUAAUGCUCUGCCAAAAGCCAACCCCAUUUACAGGCCAGAGAAACGUCCUAACAAUAGAAGGGGCCAAACGGAAAUAUUUUGAGAUCUCCCCAUGCUGAUAGCCCCACCCCCCUCAUUAGAUUACUAAUACAGACGAUUAUAUCUUACAUACCUCCUGAAGAUAAAUUAGAAAAAAGCAACGUUCUAAUUGCGUCUAAUUCUCUUCUCACCAGAUGGGUAGACUGUCUCACUAAUGACCAGGCAUCUCGUUGCAUCACCACCACAGAAUACAUCUUUGGAACUCCGUAUGCUCAUCAGGCAAAUAUUACCUCUCAAACCAAAACUGAAAAUAACACUGGGGAGAUAUUCCUCUGCAAACUUGAGGACCCUCGCUAUCUACAAGAUAACGGAGUGAUUGUAUGCUCCCGUGGUUUGACUCCGUGCAAUGACACGCUAACUGUUACGGCUUGCACCGUCUCCACGCCGCGAGACUCUGCUCAGCUCUACUGGGACGUGAAUCAGGACGUCACCGUGGAGUACAGGUCUCAGUUUGUCAACGUGUCUUGUGGGAACGAGUGCUUUCAAGACCCGCCCACGUCACCGCCUUCGGCCACAACCGAGGCGAAAGUUGUCGAGGCGUCUGGAAAGGACAACACGUACAUCUGGAUCAUCGUCGGCGUUGUCCUGGGGGCGCUUCUGAUCGCAGUCGUCGUUAUAUUAGUCGUGGUGUUCUAUAGGCGACGUCGUAAGAACAAGAAAGGUUCCAAGACAUUGGAGGAUGGAGGUAGUAAACCAUCUGAAGUGAGAUCGUCUGUUCUGUUCCACCGUGAAGAGGACCCCAGUGAUGAGCUUCGUGUCCCUGAAAAUGAUGACAUUUCCGGUAUCGCCUACGCAAAUAUCAAGUUGUCAGAGGCUAGCAAACGGCAAAGUGCUGUUUCAGCCAGCUCUUCGUCUAGAGCGGGAAAUGAGUAUUCGAACAUCGCAGCGAAUGGAACUUCCAAUAGAGUUUCAAGCGGCAAUGCCAAUGUCAAAGUGAAAUCAGAUCCCGGAGCUAGCGGAAGUCAAAAUGAGAUCGAAGUAAAAACUGGAGAUGUCAAGCAUUCAAGCUCCGCCAAUGAUAUCAAGAAGGAAAAAACAUCUGGUAGUGAUCGCGGCUCGGACAGUGUCGACACGAACAAGAAGAGCAGCUAUGCUACUUUGGGGAAAUCUGAACAGCGAGAACGUAACACUUAUGACAGUUUGCAGAAGUCGAGUGAAGACGAUGAUCUCACGGAGAUCACCCCAGCGUACAGCCUACCCGACCUCUCCGAUCAUUCGAAAGAAAACGUGCAGGCAGAAAAGCGGGGUGACGCGCUGUACGCCAACGGCCAGAAAGGCAACAAACCGGCGCAGCAUGUCCGGAACUACAGCGACCAGGAUGAGACGGAUGGAGCCUACAACAAUUUAAAGCGACCCAUGAGACAACAGGCGUCCGGAAGAGACCCGGCACUUGGUGAGGCCAGCAGUAGCGAUGUGUACUCGCUAGCUCAAAGUGUCCCGGUUGUUGAGCCGAGUUCGCAAGAAAACACGUACUUUGAGCUUGAGAAUCACUACGCCAACAGUUCGGGUAGAUCACGUGAUUAUGAAGACGACGAGAUUUCUGAUCAAACAGAUUGACCACGUCACGCUUUUGGUAGCAAGCUCAUGAAACGUGUGGAUAAGAUAAGGACUAAAUGACAUAAAUGUUUUCAGUAAAAACACAUUUGUUAAUGAAUGUUGCUGUAUUUUUUUAAAAUGUAGACCUAAUUUUCUGUUCUAAACUCUUUUAUGUCAUCUAUUGGUCAUUAUGGAAGUUAAAAAAUAUGCCUAUCAUAAAAUUAAAAUAUGCACAUCACGAAUGAAGAUAUGUACAUCAUGAAUGAAGCUAUGCACAUCAUGAAUGAAUAUAUGUACAUAAUAAAACAUAUGCAGAUCUUGAACAAAGAUUAACACAACACAAAACACACCGUACAAUCAAUGGACUCAGUGACAAAAUAAGGGUUGUGCGGAAAGAGGGGUAGGGGGCAGUACGCCGCGGGCAUAAGGAUUUUUCCUUAUAGUGAGAGUUGACAUCUUCAGAAGUUUUUUUGGUCGUGUAAUGGCAGCUAUGAAACUCUUUGAACUACCCCGUGUGGCACUUACAUUAGCUGUGCCACUGAACUUACCGUAAUGUUUUCAAGCCAUGCUAAUGGACAUCAAGUAUUUUUACGAAUCUUUGUUUUCCCCAAUUCGACGUCCAUUUGGUUACAAAUAAAACAUAGUUGUCGAUGAAGUAGUUGAAAAAAAAUUUUGUGUCGAUAAAAUACAGAAGCAUAAUGUCAAAUAAAUACCAAAUACGCAAACAUUGUACUUGUUUCUUUUUUAAAAGUGUUUAAAUGUAAAGAGUUAAUCUAUGAUCAUUGCAUAAUAAAAUUGAUUUUUUUAAUCUAAAAUUUUAACAGGAUUAUUAAAAUUUUCUACAAAGAAUUAAUUUAUUGCUGUUAACAAAACGUACGGUGUUUGAAACAACACGAUACAUUCUGGUUUGGAGUGUAGCAUUUUGUAUUAUGUCAAGUAAUUGAAAUCUGCUCUUUUUUUUAAAUUUUAAUAUUACAUUUGGAAAGAAAUUUUAUAAAGGAGUAAUAUUUUGUAUGUAAUACGAUGGGUGCUUAUAUUGAUGAAAGAAAUGGUGUUGCAAUACAUUAAAAAUAAAUAUUAUUUGUUUUUAAGAAAAUGAAGUCUUUUAUAUAUAAAUAUAUAUAU